AUGUAUAUGAAAACUGUUAAACUUGAAUGCUUUGGAAAUUUAAAAUAUGUCUAUGGUAACCAUACAUGUCGCCUUAAACCUAUAAAUCGUUUCAAGACCGUUGGCAUGAUGGAGGUGCAUGCUAGGGUUGAAUUACGUAACAUAUCGUUUAAUUUCGCCCUUUUCGCUCGUAAUAGUGCCAAUAUAUUUAAACCCUAUUUGUUUAAUGUAACAACGAAUUUGUGUAAAUGGUUUGUUCAGAGAUCUCCCGGUGCCUAUUCAAAUAUACUAAUGAAUGUCUUUAAGCAAUAUACCAACAUUAACCAUUCGUGUCCUCUUGUGGUCCAAUAA